AUGGUUAAAAGUUUCAAUAAUGAAGUUAAAUUGGUCGAUUCGGAUUUUCUUGAUGUGGUAGAGUAUUUUUUCAAUGAAGUUGAAAAAGUAAAUUACAAAAAAGAUGAUAAAGAUAUCAUCAACGCGAUCGACAGAUUAACACCAGAAAUUAUUGAAACGAAUCAAAAAGUAAAGCUUAGCGAUGAGGAAAAAAAUAUUAUUUCCAUUUUAAGACGGGCUGUUAUCACGUAUGCUGAAAAUCUGGAAAGAGUUGAUCUUCCCAUUUCCGAGGUUGACUUUGACAACGCAUUUCCAAACAUGCUUGCCAAAAGAUUCCUAAAUAGAGAGGAACUAAAGAUGGAUGUUAGGGAAAUUGCAUGUUGGGCGUCAGCUUAUCGCCGAAAUGAAGGUCGUUCCGUUGUUCUCAGAGCUCGCAUUGGACAAAAGUGCGAUUUUCGAGGAACUUUGAAAAAGAGUAUCAACAAGCUUGAGGCUCUCAUAGGUCUCAGAAGUGGUGGACUCCCAGAGCCUUAUCGAAAAAAAAUUUACGAAGACAAAGUUGAUAUAAGUGUAGCAAUGCGGGAUAUCUUGUAUACGUUUUUUAAAGAGAAUUCUAAAGCAUAUUCAUUUCACAUUUGUCUUUGGAAUAUAUUCAUGGGUUGUAUUUCUCAUUUAAAGAUGCCUAACACCCUAAAAACGCUCUCGGUACUCGAAAGUUUCUACGUACUUUUCACGGAUUUGCAGACCACGUUGAAUACUAUUUGUGAACAUACAAAUAGUAUCUCGCUUGCACAUUCACAUGAACACAGAAAUCGAAAAAGGAAGAAUCCGGAACAAGCUGGUGAGAAAGGGGGAUCAUUUGGAAAUCCUUCACAAAGCCCAGCAAGUAAGAAGGGUAGAAAAUAUGAAGAUCAUUAA